AUGUCAUUUGCCCACAUGGUCGAAAACGCUGCAGCAGGGAACGAGUGGACACAGCAGCAGAUGAGUGAAACGAAGGCGCCAGAGGGCCGUGGACUCUGGUCGCCCGAGGAGCAUCAGCUCUUUGUGCAUGGUAUCAAGAUGUUCCCGUCCGGGCCCUGGAAGGAUAUUGCAAGCCACGUGGGCACACGCACGGCUCGGCAGACAAUGACUCACGCUCAAAAGUACCGACAGAAGAUUGCGCGGCGGCUGCGUAACGUCCGCAUGAGUGGCAAACACAACUUGCCGUUCCUUAUGGACCAAUCCUCGCGUUUUAAUGCGCUGCUGAGUAACGACGAGCAAUUCAAUGACUCGAUCUUGGCCACGUCGUUGGCCAUUGCAGCCGAACACGACCUGGACUUGCUGGGUGAGACGGGCAUGGACGACAAUACGUCGCCCAUGCAGAGACAGAUGGGUAUGAGCACUCAGGCCAAUCUUGUCAUGGAGCUCAUGGGUACGAAUACGUAUCAGAAGCAGCUGCCGUUGGCAAUAGACUUUUCCGCCACGGAAGGUAGUCCGUACUAUCUGGAUGAUCCGUCAUUUGAGCCGAGCGACAUUGAGUUUGACAAGUGUAUAGACUUCUUGAUUGAGACCUUCCACCGUGAGACCUGA